GUCGGCUCUUGGCCUUGCCAGGGCCAUCGGUUUUUUACCAUGCCGUCGCGUCGGUCUCAUCGCAAGUCUCGUCACGGAUGCAUUGCCUGCAAAAGGCGAAGGGUUAAGUGUGAUGAGCGUCAGCCGGAAUGCAGCAAUUGUGUGAAUCGCAGCACUGAAUGCGUCUACGCUCCGAGGGAAGUCGAGUUGGGGCAGGCUUCACAGACCGAGAACUCGUCUGUUCGCCGCCAGUCACCAGCUGCGUCUUCUACUCCAUCAUCCUCAGGCUGGAUGGCGAGCAGUGACUCUCUUCCACGAGCCCCCGAGCUGAAUCUUAGCGAUAUGGAACUGCUUCUUCAGUGGUGCUCUUCGACAUACGCUACCAUGGCCCACGACCAGCAGUUCGAACAUCUUUACCAAUACGUGUUGCCAAAGCAGGGCUUAGAGUAUCCAUUUGUCCUGCAUGGCUUACUAGCAUUGUCUGCCCUUCAUAUCGCCCGCGCCAGCGAUCCUGCGUCCAGGACCCGCUACUUCUCAAUCGCACUGGAGCAUCAAAACCGCGCACUCGCCUUAUUCCGGCCGGUCGUCUCUUCCAUUAACCGUGACAAUAGUCACCCCAUCUUCGUAUUUGCCAGUUUACUUCUGCAACUGGCGUUCGCCAUUCCGACUUGUUCUCCGCUCAUCGAGACCCAUGACUCUGUUCAGGACCUCCUCCAGGCAUUUACACUGUGCAGAGGGCUUCGGGAGAUUCUGGGCGCAUCGUGGCAAUGGGUCAAAGAAGGGAAGUUGGCGGAUGUGUUCACGCAGGUGGAUGACACCAAACAUUGGCCUCUUCCCGAAACCCUUGAAGUGGCCCUGUCCCAGCUGAAGUACCUCAAUGAGACUCGAGGAAAGCGAUCUGGGGACCGUGAUGCGGACUGCUACGAUGAGGCUAUCAAUCAUCUGAAAGACAUGAUGGAGAUCUACCAAGACAAACCGCGCCGUAUUGAAUUGGCCCUGCGGUGGCCUUUCGGUCUCGCAUCCAAAUAUUUAAAGCUUCUUAAAGAGCAUGACCCAAUGGCACUUGUGAUACUAGCUCAUUAUUGCCUUGUACUGCAUCACUUCAGGCACCAUUGGUGGAUGGAAGGCUGGAGCUUCCGCGUCGCGCAUAGUAUUUGGGAUCAGCUGCAUGAGUCCUGGAGACCAUAUGUCUCUUGGGUCGUAAAGGAGGUAGGGUUAGAGGUGUGA